AUGACGCUGACUCCGCUAAACGACCUGCAUGGACAGACCGCCGAAGAGAGCAUGAUUGGGGCCUUGGUGCUGCGGCAAUCUGCAACAGCAUUGCAGGAGGGCUUCUCAUCUCAGCCCCAUUUUCGGCUCAACUCGCACUUAAUGGAGAUCUCUCAAAAGGCCGGUGAAGCAGUUGAGACAUCCAGCCGCAUCACGAAGAACAGGUCCUCGGCUGCCCGCACGUCAUCUCUUGGAUCGCAGAAAAGGUCCCCCACCAGGGCUUUGCAGAGUGAGUUCGACCAGUGCGACACCCUUGUUGUACCACCCAACUCCAAGUUCCGAGUCGGCUGGGACUUUGUAAGUGUGGCCCUGAUCAUCUUGGACGCGUUUCUCCUGCCCCUCACCAUGGCCUUUGAUCUGGACUUCUCGCCGUUUAUGGAUAAUCCAACCGGCGGCGACGUCGUUUUGCAGAUCUUGUCAGUGACGUCUCUAAUCUUCUGGCCGCUGGAUAUGGCCAUGUCCUUCAACACGGGCUUUUACAGAAAGGGCACCCUGCAGCUGAAGAGGAAGGACAUCGCAGUCAAUUAUUUUCGCACUUGGUUCCCCUUCGAUGUGGCUGUCCUGGUGGUGGACUAUGCAGCAGGAUUCCUGACCAACAUCUCGGAGGAGCAAGAGGACUUCCUUCGCCCCCUUCGAUCUGCACGUUACCUUCGCUUGAUGCGAACACUUCGCAUUCUGCGAAUCUUCAAAGCUGGCAAAGUCAACGUCAUAAUCGAGAACCUGGUGAUCUCCAUGGGGCGCCAGUGGCUCAUACUGCUCUUCACCAUCGGCCGAAUGCUGAUGGUGAUUGGAGGCGUGACGCAUGUCCUGGCCUGCAUCUUCUUCGUCGUGGGAAAGGCCGUUUCUGAAUCAGAGAAUCUGGAGAUGGGCAGCUGGAUUGAGAUAGCGGGUAUCGCCACCGCUCAGCCAAGCAUCCAGUAUGUUCACGCUAUCGGCUGGAUCCUGCUGCCACCGGCCCCACCGCAACUGGACCCGGCAAGCGGGUUGGAGCACGUCGUCGCAAUAUUGGUGUUUGUUCUGACAGUGUUAGUCAUCGGAUCGGCAUUGUCGAUACUAACUGGCACGCUUCAUGAGAUUCGCCAAGUCAACAACGAGCGCAGCCGCAAGCGCCGUGAGCUGCGGAUCUUUCUUCAAACUAAAGCAGUGUCAACAGAGUUGAUGAUGCGCAUCAUGAGCUAUGCCGACUACAAGAUGACGCGCCAUUCCCCGAUUGGAUAUGACACCUCCUUGAUUUCACCGAUCCUUCACGCAGAAUUGGCUACAUUUCAGCUGGGAGAUCACCUCCGGGGACAUCCUUUGUACCUCUUGACGGCGAAGAUCUUUCCGUAUGUGUUCGCUGAGUUUUGCAGAGCCCUGGACAAGAUGUACUUCAGCGAGGCAGAGUCCGUCUUCAUUGAGGCGUCCCUCGCCGCGCAUAUGUACAUCACCAGCCACGGAGCCUUCUCAGUAGGCACAGAGCUUGAAAUGGCCAACAACGUGGUUCACUUCGUCGAUGAGCACCGGUAUUUUGCCGAGGUGGCCAUGUAUGUCGAAGCGGUGAUGCACGACUGCACACUGGUCGCCGAGUCUUUCGCAGAGGUCUUCCUUCUGUCAGGGCACAAGCUGGCCGACAUCUUGUCUCAUUCUCCCCCCUGCGCCACCAUGUUUGUGGAGUACGCCACGGAGUUCAUCACCCGCUAUACUGUGCCCGAUGGCGAUGUAUGCGCCCACGACAUUUUGGAAGCAGCCGAUGACUGUGCCAAGCAUGCAUGUGAAUGCAACUCCUUUUACUUGGACCUCUACAUGGAUGAUCGAAAGGCCAUCCGCUACUUGAGUCUUACUCCGUUAACCAGCAAGCCGGGACGCACGGCGAGCCCCAGCAAUUUCACUUCCAUGGUGCUGACUUCGUCGACCAUGCCCACAUUGGCUGAUCUGCGCGAUGCCUUUGUGGAACUGGAUGUCGAGAGUGGCUUGCACGCCAGGUUCUCGGAGCCGAAGGAGCAGGAGCGGGCCGAGUCCGCCAUUCUGUGUCUGGUGGCUUUGGUGCGCGACGACUAUAUCGCGUACACUAUGCCGCAGCGAGAGAAUGCUCGCCUCACCGAGUCUCAGUGGCAGCAGCUGCGGAGCAUCUUGGUCUGGGCUGACCCCACCAAGGAGAAGCUUCUGGCUGCUAUUCUUCUGCUGGCCAUUCGGGGCAUUGGCAAGUUUAGGUCCUUGACACGCCAGCUGCCGACGCUUCGGCGCAGGCCGGAGGCGGCGGUCCGCUACAUCCUUGACAAGCACAAGGAUGCCAUACCCUCUGCGGAGAGCAUGGAUGAGCACAUGUGGAAGUUGGUGACAAACUCUCUGGAAGUUCAGCAGGAGUUCAACUUCGCUCAGAUGUUGCAGGGCGAGAAUGCCGCAGGCAACCUUGCCCAGUUAAAAGGCUUCAUUCAGGACAGGGGCGGUGAAGACGCCUUGAAGUUUUUUGUCAUCAUCUUGCUCGGCUUCAUGUCAGGUCUGGCCGGUGGCAUUGGAUCUCGCUUCAUGACCUGCAGCAACGCCGAGACCACGAUUAUGGGCCUGGGCACGCUCAAGCAUGUCUUGGAGGAGGAUCCAGCACGGCUGUACUGGACUUACAUCUACCAUCGAGGUUUGGGCUUGUCGCAAGCGCCGCAGACUUGCGAAGACCUGGCGGUUGUUCGCUUGGCCUGCCUCUGCCGGAUCCAAACGCAAAAGGAUUUCUGGAGCUUGCAAAAGUCCUGGGCCACCUUGGGACUUCUUGCGCAGCAAGAGCUCUGCAAACAUCUGCUGGCGGACGGUAUCUCCAAUGACGCAGUCAUCUUUGAGUUUCUGCCUCUGUGCUUAGAGCGUGCCAACACGAAUCCCUUCGUGACGGUGCCAUGCUUUCUGGAGGUCUUGGUCGAGUUGACCCAGGCAGUGCGAUCUGCAAGCUCGUCUCUGUACAUCUCCCCCGGCAAGAUACUGACCGUGGAUCUGGCAGACAUGGCUGCCUUCAUUCUCAUGGUUCGGAACAGCUACAUUUUCCAGACGUGCCUCACGCGUGCCAAGCUGAACACACAAGACAAUCGCAUCUUCUUGGAGAUUACGCAAGACAACUGGCGUCGUGUGAGUGAACCCCACACCGAUGUUAUCAUGUUGGCAUCCUCCGUGCGAGAGCUUGUGCGGAAGCAGCUGAAGGAGCCACGACUGCCACUGAGCAUCGACAGUUACUGCAGCGUCUGA